CACGCUCUGCAAUGCUCGGCACACCUUCUGAACGGCGUUUCGUUUUUUAUGAGCAAUCGCAGACGGGCCAGCGGAGGGUAUGACUGUGAUCGUAACUUCGCUGUCCCUUUGCUGCUUGUCAGUUAGAUCGUGUUUUUGUUGUGUGUGCGUUGUGCAAAGAAAGUAAUUGAGUGAGAAAUCUCUUUGUAAUGUCAGUUUUUCGAGGAUCCAGCUUAUGUCUGCUUGGCCCCGACAUCUCCGAGAAGGCGUAAAGGAGGUGUCGAAUUCAUUUUACUAUAAUGCGUGGUGUCCUCAAGCUGUCUUCUCCCAAACCCUUGGCUCUGCUUGCUAAGUUGGGCAUGCCCAAUUGUGCAGAGAAUUGCUCUGGUCAUGGAGAAUGCCAUAAUGGGACAUGUGUUUGUGAGAUCCAGUUUGAUGGUGAUGAGUGCCAUGCCUUGAACUUUUCAUACUUUGCUGCGUUUGCCUCAGCAUUCUUUUUCCUUGCGUUGGUAUGCCUCGUUCAGCUUGUCACUUGCAUUGUGGCAGAAUGGCAGCGCAUGAAAGCUCCAUCCUUAUUGAGAGCAUGCCGUAUCACCACGCAAAAAGUGCUGUACUUUGUUGUUUUCCUGGCAGCUAUGAUCAGGGGGGCCUACUUCACUGCUCCAACUGCUAUGGUUCAAGGGUGGUCCAGCAGUCUCCUGAGUGCUUACUACCCACUCUUGUUAACUGGAGCAUCUCUGAUUGUUUGUUUCUGGGCAGAGGUGUUCCACCUGCGUGACAUCCGUUGGGAAAAGCCACAGUUUUUGUCAAAAUCUUAUUUGGCUUUUGUGACUUUUAACAUCAUAACCUACUCUCUCCUGUUGGCGGAAUUCAUUACUACUCAGUUGUCCGACUCCAACAUUGCCCAGCGUAGUUUCUACUCUCAUAUAUUCAAUGGUUGCUACGCAGUUCUGUUGUUUAUUGUGGUGAUCUUCUUCCUAAUAUAUGGUGUUGAGGUCUUCUUCAAGGUUCGAGGUGGGUUCUUAUACGAACAUCAAACAAGAGUGACAAGUAUUGCAACCAGCAGCCGAACACCUGUUGGAGAUAAAAGUCAAGAUCAGUCCCAAAUUGGGGAGGGUGAGGAGGACCCAGCCCUGCCGUCCAAUGGACAGAGCUCGAAAUGGAGGUCACGAUCUGAAACAGUUGAUACUUCACAGCUUCACCAGUCCAGGUUUGGGCUUAUAUCCCAAGCUUUUAUGCUUAUCACCAUAGUGGGAUUCCUCUUCAGUGAGACUCUAAGCGAAUUUUGGAAAUGGAAGGUGCCUCUGAAUUCUCGUAACUGGCAUGAUUUAGUUUUUCGUGUGGUUGAAAUUGGUGUUGGACUGUGGUUCCCAUGUGUACUAUGGAACUGCAUGAGUCCCGAACAACUGUGGAUUUUAAAUCCAAAACGAAUUUUGAAGAAAUAUGAAGUUGAUGUGAAGCACAGAGCAAUUCCUAAAGAUGAUACAGCUGAAAGAGAUUUUGUGGACUCAGAUGAAACUACAUCAUUGUCAAAAGAUUGCUGGAUUUGCUACGAUAGUGACCGCAAUGAUGCUGGGCCUUUAAUUCAGCCUUGUCAGUGUAGAGGGGAUGUCAGUUGUGUACACCAUGACUGCUUGAGGCGAUGGUUGGUAGAAAGUUCUAUCAAUCCUGACAACAUGCGUUGUAAGGUUUGCGGCAUUCCAUAUCAAGUAGAGAGGGGUGCCAGACUUGAUUGGCAGCAAGGCUUCACAUCACAACAAAUUAUUACCACAACAUCUCUCGUUACAAUUAUGUGCCUGUCUGCUGCUGGUGCCUGGGUUGCGAUUCAGUUGUAUGAAGAUGCUUAUAUUCGAAUGUUGGCUGUUGGUGUGGCUCUUUUGGUAGAGUACUUAUGUGUGCGGUUCUUAAGUAUGCAUACUGUGGUGGCAUAUCAAAGAGCAAAAGUUUCUGCUUUCAAUAUCAUGGGCUCUGGACAACUCAGUACAAUCAGCCAAACCAUCGUUGCUGUUGAGAAACCUCCCAGCACAGCCAUUUAAGUCACG